AUGCCCGAACGCGGUUGGUCACAACUAAGGUUCGUGCCCGGGCAAAAGCCGAACGGUGACGUUUCGUCCAAGUACCGCGGACAAGUCUCGCGGUUUAUUUGCCCGGGCGAAUUGAACGAAAAUUCAAUUAUACACGAAUUGGGAAUUUCCCGGUGCGUUACCAAUGUGGAUUGUCUGCGAAUCGCAAUAUUAUUAAUUCGAAUGUUUCGCGACCGUAGGAAUCCGGGGACGCCGCGAUCGUUCGGAUAGAAAAAAAUACGUCGGCGACGCCCGUCCGCGCCGCAACAGACGAUGUCGCUGUUUAAAGCCCGAGACUGUUGGUCGACCGCUUGCGGCCGGGGCGAAACGUUCGGGUGCGACGCCCUGACGGUGGACGACCUGUUCGGCGCGGGCGAAGACAACGUCAUCCUGGGCAGUUUGGACGGCGUGCUCCGGGUGUACGGGGUACACGCGGCCCAGCCGCCCGACAUGUGUUACUCGCCGUCCGAUUUGCUGGUCGAGGCGCAAACGGAAAGCCCCAUCCUGCAGACGGGCACCGGAAAACUCGUCAGGUCAGUGGUCUUCAAUAAUAAACGCAAUAACAACAAUAAUAAUGAUAAGGAAGGGAUGAACGCACUGUUUGUGGGCGAGUCGCUGGCCCACUGGUUGUGGCUGGAUAGUCGGCAAGGUCAGGUUAGGGUUCUUUCGCUGUCGGUCGUCCGUACGUUCGACAAAUGUUUCUCACGCGUUUUGAUUAACAUGUAAAAAAAUAUUAACGUCUGUCGCCGGGCGUUCGCCUCGUCCUUUCUUUUUUCUACACUUUAAGCGUAAACCAAUUAUUGCGGCGCGCGAAUUAUGAUUUUAAAUUUGAAUCCGACAACAUUACCGCCGCCCCGAAAAGCGUCCACGGAGUUUAA